ACCCGAAAUCAUCUUUCUGAUCAUACGCCUUCGUCACUACGACAUUGUACUACCACCAUAUAUUCCAGGCCAGCCCUACUUGCUUGUCAGCGCUUGUCAGAAUGGCUCACAACGGAUAUCCUCCUCAAGGCCUACCCAUGAGUCACCGAGGCACCUACUAUCCCACCACUCCUCCUCGACACCCGAUGUACACAUACAACCACUUUGCCGGCCAAGACCUCACGCCAUCAUAUGAGUAUGAGGCGAUCACUUUCGGACAACCUGCCGUGCAGUUGUCGACUCGAGCUCUUUCAGAGUCAUUUGUCUUUCAAGCAAAUGGUUCACCGCAAAGUGCAUCGUUUGAGGAUCCACCGCCUCGACUGGAGACUCCACGGUCUCAGCAUGCGGGCUCGCACAAGACUCCUGCUGUCCCGAUCAGUCCAAGUCUUGCCACGCCCCGCGUAAAAGCAAAGCGCACCCCAACUGCUUGCGAAGAGUGUCGGAAAAAGAAGCAGAAGUGUGAUGGUGAACAGCCUUGUCAAGCUUGCAAGGAGCAAAACAUCGACUGCCAGUAUCGAGAGGUCCCACCAACAAAAAAGGACCACAGUCUAGAGAAGCUUGCGGAAUUGAUGGAGAACUUCAGCUAUCAGCUCGUCUCGCUGAGCCGCCGGAUCGACACCAUGGGCAUGCAACUCAAGCAGAACGAGGACCGAAUGGCGAUGUUGCCCACUUCCUGUUGGCAUUGCGGCUCGGGUCUCCAAUGCCCCAAUUGAGCAGAUGACGAUGUAACGAACGAACUCAACACGUCUGCUCGGGUAGCACUGGAGGCUCCGAGGGAACCAUGGCGACCAGUUGAGCAUAAUGGAUGAGGUGGGAUGAAUCACG